AUGUCAUCCGGCAUAGAAGAUGUCGUGGACAAGAUUGCAUGCCUUGAGGGUAACCUCCAGAACUUAAGUGCAAGCUAUUUGAAAGAAUUACUGCAACAUGUCUUAAAAGAGUGCAAGAAACACCAGUCGAAGGAAAUGUUAAAGAAGUUAUACUACGAGAAGAUUAGACCUGCACUAGUUGCACGUGUUCUUUUAUCACCUUAUUCUCUCAGUGACCAUAGGGGCAUCAAGUUGCUUGAAGAGUAUAAGAAACAUGUAACAGAUGCUAAGUAUUUGACAAGUAUCGACUUGAUGGAGGCGAUGAUAAACAUGACAGAGUUAUAUUGGAGCAUCUUCUUGGAUUUCCUAAGUGAAAAAGGAUGUUUGGUAAUUGAGGAUUGGGAUAACUCCUUAGGUGCCUCAUUCGGGACUACUCUCUAUAAGCGUGGAGUCACUUUUGAUGGCUCCCCGCUAUAUAAGGGAGAGUGUGAUGCAUCUUUUCUUGAGGAUAAGAAUAACAAGAAGAACAGUAAAGCUUCGAUAUGCAUCGCUAUAUGGACGAGCACUAGUGAGAUAUUAUCGAGUAUUGUUAUCAAAGAUUAUCCAUGCGAGGAUUCUAUCGAAGCAGAAGCAAUGGCGAUGUUUCUACUUCUCAAGGAAGGUAUCAGAUUGGGUUUACAUCUGCACCCCUUUGAAGUUUGUUCAGAUUGUCAAUUAGUGUUCAAUACACUUUGGGGAGCUCAUCGAAUUGAUCUAGAUGAUAGGAAUGCUGAUCUUUUGAAGUUGCUAAAGUAUAUGAGGAGGUAUUACACAAGUUUGAUCCCCGAAUGGCAGCAAAGGGAGAAGAUGUUUUGGGUUGAUGGCUUGAUGACGGUAAUGAAGUUAGAAGGACCUGACACUAAUGUGGACCUCCGAAGCCUUCUGAAAAAGGUGAAAAGUUACCUUAGUGGGAAGCCGCUGUUUAAAUUCACGCAAAAACAAGGCUCCUUCAACAGUUUGAUUAAGAAAAACUCGCAGCAGUUAAGUCCUCUGGACUUGCACCAAAGAUACCAGUCAGAAGUUGAAGAAAAGGAUAAAGCAGAUAUAUUGUCCCACAUUAUUACAGCAUUGAGACCGUCCAAGGUUUUUAUUGUGAUGAAGGAAUCUCAGUCUGAAGCUAGAAGUAAGAUCUUGAAAAUGUAUGAGGACUGCAGAAUUGAGGAGACUAGUGAAGACAGUGAGAACUGUAGAAUGAUUAUCUUAAAUGUCGAGCACAGAACCAUAUCUAAAACUGCCAAGAGAGACUUGUGGAUCAGUUUUGAUUCAUCGAUUCCGGAAGGACUGUUCCAAAACAAGUCAGAUUCGUUAAUGGUUUUUUUAAGAACUCCAAGUGAGAAACAUGUUGGAACCAAGAUUCCAGAACUGAACCCAGUCAGCUUCGUCUCAUUUCAUAACAAAGAAAAGAAGAGAAGCCCCCAUCCUAACACUAAGUGGUCUCCAAGGUUUGACAAGCUGUUCAUAGUAGUUGAGUUGCCUGAGGCAAAGGAUAUUAUGCUGGAUUUGAAGCCUGAGGGCCAUUUUCACUUCUCUGCAAUGGGAGCUGAUGACAUGCCAUACGAGCUUGACCUCGAGCUAUUUGACGCUAUUAACCUUGAGAAGCUGGAUAUCAGAGCUGCAGCUUCUGAUCUUCAGAAUGAUGAAAACGAAGUGAUGAACGAAGCUAAUGAAGUUCGGUCAGAAAAAAAAGCUAAUGAAGAUGUGGGAGGAAGUAUGGUGGAGCAGAGUAAGGGGGAGGAAGCCCCGACAGGAGCUGCAAAGGAAGAGAAGCCAUGA